GGUCUAUUAGUUCUGUCCAGCGACCAUUUUUCAGUAUACCUGGCAAAGUCAUGACAUUAACAUUGGAAACUCCCCUUUCUUUCCCUGCCUUUCCUUUUGUCCCAUACGAGAUCCAGCUCGAACUGAUGCGGCAUUUGUACGGCGCAAUAGAAGGUAGAAAGGUGGCCAUCGUGGAGAGCCCGACGGGAACUGGAAAGACUCUUAGCCUAUUAUGUGCAUCAUUGACUUGGCUAGGUGACGAGAAAGAACGAGCACAGAGAGGUAAACUGGCCGAAUAUACGACUGGAGAUAACGGACCUGACUGGGUUUUGGCUCAAACUCUGGAACGUCGCCAACGUGAGCUAGAAGCAGAAGAGCGGGAAUCUGCUGAACGACUCGCCAAAGCUCGGAAAAAAGAAGCGAAAAUGAGGAAGCUUGCCAAUGGCAGAGUGAAAAAGAAGCUUAAAGCGGCAGCCAGAGAAGAGGCAAUAGAAGAUCGAGAAGAUAGUUCAUACCUACCAGAUUUGGAUGAUAUCACAUCUAAUGAUGAGGACAAUGAAAUGAGCAACGUAUCUCCGGAGGUUCGGCGAUUAAUGCACAUACUACAACGAGGUGCGAACACUCAAGGCAUUGAUGCAGAAAACGAACCAGUGUGCACCAAGAUCUACUAUGCGUCCCGAACGCAUUCUCAGCUUGCACAAGUUCUGCACGAGUUGCACAAACUACGCAUUGCAUUGAAUGUUUCCAUAGCAUCCUUGGAUACAAAUUCUCCGACAGAUACUCUGAACAGUUUGAAACGAUCUUCAUCGCAGCUGGAGGAAAACGACUACGACGCAAAGGAAGGCGCUAUCGCGCGUACGGUAUCGCUAGGUUCGAGAAAGCAGUUGUGCAUCAAUGAGGACUUGCGAAAGCGGACAAAGGAUCUCGACGAGGCGUGUCGACAAUUGCUUACAGAGAAGGGAAAUCGUAGGUGCCCAUACCUCCCUCCUCCGGAGGAGGAUUCCCACAUGCUUGAUCUACGUGAUCAGAUUUUAGCCACUCCAAAGGACAUCGAGGAUCUACUUGUGACAGGACAUAAUGCCGAGACAUGUCCGUACUUCGGCUCGCGACGAGCCAUUCCCCAAGCUCAACUUGUGUUGCUACCGUAUAAUCUCCUACUCCAGAAGUCUGCCCGAGAAGCACUUGGAAUAGAUCUCACAGAUCAGGUCGUUAUCAUCGACGAAGCGCACAACUUGAUAUCGACUCUGCUAUCGCUCGGUACAACCCGCCUAUCCCUGCGCACCCUGUCAACUGCACGCCAGCAGCUCUCCGUCUACGUGUCCAGAUUCCGCAACCGCCUUACAACUUCGCACGCCCUGCACCUCAUUAGAUUGACGGGGCUGCUAGAUGCCCUGCAACGGUAUGCCGAGGACUGGAGCACAGGACAGGCACAUAGCAAUGCUCGAUCAGAUAUGCAAAAGCCCGACAUGAAACAGCAAUCUGGGGUCAAGAAGCAGGACGCUAAGCUGCAUGUUCCUGGCGUAGAGGUCUUGACACCAGGGGAGCUACUGCAGAGACUUGGUCGAAAGACAGAGGGUGUGAACCUGCUCGAGGUCGAGACCUAUCUGCGCAAAAGCAAGAUAGCACGCAAGAUAUCAGGAUAUUCGGUCAAGGCACUGGAGAGAGCAGCCGGCCAAGACCCUGUAAAGUUGGCGAAGAUCGCUCGGCUCUCCAACACUACACCCCCUCUGCACUCCGUGGAAAGCUUCAUCACAGCGCUCACGGCGCCAAACGAUGAUGGAAGAGUCACUCUGUCCCUCGUAGAUGGUCAAGUGGAGCUGAAGUAUCAACAUCUGAACCCCGCUACUCACUUCCGUGACGUUGUUGACGUCGCUAGAUCUGUAGUAUUGGCAGGCGGUACCAUGUCGCCCAUCUCUGACGUAGUGAACCAAUUGUUCUCAACGCUACCGAGUGAACGCUUAUCCACAUUCUCAUGCGGUCAUAUCAUCCCUUCAGCAAACCUACAAACGCUGGUGCUCAAAAAGGGUCCACGGGGUGGCGACCUGCAGUUCAAGUAUGAACAGCGUGGCAACCAGGCAAUAAUUGCCGAACUGGGGCAGGUUUUAGCAAACCUGGUUAACAUCGUGCCCGCAGGCAUGGUCGUAUUUCUCCCGUCAUAUAGCUUCCUGAAUGCUGUCACGAUUGCUUGGGAAGGCAGUGGUUUGAUGGGAAAGUUCAGAAGCAAGAAGAAGGUGUUUUCGGAACCUCAGGAUAGCGCACAGGUGGAGAGCAUCCUGAGGGACUACGCGGCAGCAAUCCAGGCCGCAAAUAAUUCAUCAGCGACUUCCUCGGGCGACGAGAAGAGGAACGGUGCAUUACUGUUCGCAGUCAUCGGCGCGAAGUUAUCGGAGGGUUUAAACUUCACGGACGAUCUUGCACGUGCGGUCGUCAUUAUUGGACUUCCCUUUGCCAAUCUUGCAUCCCCUGAACUUCGAGAACGUAUGAACUACGUCAACAGAAUAUCACAGAAGCCAGCCAGUGUGAACAUCGCUCCCGGAAAGGAUGCAGCGACAGAGUUGUAUGAGAACAUGUGCAUGAACGCAGUCAAUCAGAGCAUUGGGCGCGCCAUACGUCAUAAGAACGAUUGGGCAUCACUUAUUCUUGUCGAUGCUCGUUAUGCCUCCACUCGCAUCAGGAGCAAACUACCCAAGUGGAUCGAACAGAACACUGUUGUCACGGAAUCCUUUGGAAAAACUAUCAAAGAAUUGGGCAGAUUCUAUAGAGAUAGGAAGGCGAGAUCGUCGUGAGGCAUGAAGCUUCGAGACGUUCUUGGUGCUCCAUAUCGCGUUGAUGGAGGGGAUUACAGAGGUGAAACGAAGAGGAUCUUACUGCAAUUGUGGACGGAAGAUUCAGUCAAUGCUGACAUCAUAGACGAGGUACCAAUAUAAUUGAGCCUGUAAAUGGCGAUUGUACUAUGAAUGACUGGGCCCACGACUCUCCAA